AUGCAUGGACCCCACCCCCAUCGUAGCAAAGGUGUCGCCACGUUUUUCCACUCGUCGAUAGCCGGGUUCGCAUCGCUCAAAUUACUCAGCCACUGCGCAUUCCCGACCGAUACCUCGUUGUUCGAACGGAGUGGGAUUCCACCCCUGUCUACUUCCACAACGUAUAUGUACCAUCAACGCGAUUUCGAGCCGGCCAGUCGGCACUUUGUCGGCAGCGAUUUUAACCUCGCUGUGGACGCUGCUUUGGACACGACAGCAUUCCACCCAAACCAUCACGUCGGUAAAGAUGAAUAG